AUGGCGAAGAGGACCAAACCUCGAGACUUCCCGGCUUCUGAGCUCCGAGAGCAUAGCGGAAACUCCGAGGUCAGAAAAUUGCGCAAUCGCAUCUCCCAAAAAGCGUUUCGUGCCCGGCAGGCAAUGCGAGUAAAAGUGCUCGAGGAGCGAGUGUACAAUGGAGCCCGCCCGGACGCCGAAUGGGUGACACGUCUCCAAGACCAGAACGCCGCGCUACGUGAGCACCUACUUGAGUGUCACAAGAAGUUCACUAGCCUGCAAGUGUCGAUGAAGGCUCUUGCCGAUGCCAGUGCUCUUGCUCUCGGCAUUGAAAGUCUUGAUAGUGGCAGCAAGCGCGCUCAAGUCGAAGAAGACGAAGACUCCACCGGUACUGCACCUUCUCUAAACUCGGAGAAAGGGCAAAGUGGCACGAUAUCCCCCGAUUUUGGUGACAGCUUAGUUGAGGAGCUGCGGACUAGGAACGGUGAUAGUAAUGAUGGCGGAGGCCUUCAUGCUCACCAUCAGCCUGGUGGUCAGAAUCACGAAGUUUGGCCUAGUUCGACCGUUCAACCCAGUGGCGCUAUCGAAACGGACGUCGGAGAGCCAUCAGACAACCAGUCAAUCCCAAUUAUCAACCUGGAUUAUUUCACCUCUACGGAGUCCUCAGGGCUGCAUGAUGGUGUCGACACUAAUCAAAUGCUCCAACUUGAUGAUAAAAAUUGGGGCGAACCCCUAUCUCUGGGUCUCGUCUUCUCCGAAGAUCUCGGACCGCUGAAGUACAAGAGUAUAUGGAAAGCAUCUUUGACAGCGUGCCAAACAUAUGGUUUGAAAAGAACAAACUCGCCAUUCUCAGAUCAUAUUGAUGCAUUGGAAUAUUGUCUUUGUUGGAGCUGGUCUCGCUUCAGCACAUCAUUGAUGCCCAGCGAACAGAUUACCAGCUCGAUUGAAUCUAUGUUGUUGACCUUUGUGAAUAUGUCGUGGCAGUCGAUGACGGCAUGGCACACUUAUACCAAAGCGCACAUCCCUCUAAAAGAUUUGAUGGCAUGGCGAAUCUAUAAGACACCAGACAGGUAUCUCAGGAUCACGCCAGCCUAUCAACCGACAAAACUACAGAUGAGUGUGCCACAUCCGAGCAUUAUCGACUGGAUUCCGUGGCCACAGCUACGCGACAAGCUUAUAAUUCAUCACUCCGCGAACCCUUGCUUGGACAGCCUCAUCUGCGACAUUGGCAACUCUUAUGUCGUGCCCGGAGACCUCUCCUUGCUGGUAAAAUGUCCCCAACCUGUUGCAGGCUAUAUUGGUGUUUGGGAUUUAGUGCGAGCUAUUGCUCCCGAGGCCACGAGGCCCUACGAGCAUCCGCCAACGUGUGAAAGCGGACAAUCGAGGCUAGCCGAAGACCAGGGCUUCCCCCAAAAUCCUGCGGCAAUCCACAACCUAGUUGACAGCAUGCACAAAGACACUUUCAAGGACGUGAAUCUUCCUGCUAAUGAUGCGAUGACCUUGUUCUCCUCAAGAGCAUUGGCUGCACAGGCUUUCAAGAUCUUGGGUUUGGAUAAGGGCGCAUUUAAUUUCCGCCUGGAUCCAGCCUUUUUCGGAAGGCACCCAGAAUUGUACGACAGCAGUUCCGACCUUAUGGCACAGGGAGUGGCGUUACGACCCUACAAUCAGGUUGCCAUUUCAGCUCCUCGGGAACUGGACAUAUCAGUCCUUGGUCAAUAUCAGGAGAUGUCCAGGUACCUAACAGAUACGGCUCUGGAGCCUCACCGAGCCUCGCAAAUGCUCUAA